UUAAUAGCCAAGAAAGAAGGGAGAAGAAAGGAAGAAGCUCCCUUCUACAGAGAAAGAGGGAGGGGGGGCUCCAAAGCCGAGAGUGGAGACCCUGCGGGAUGCGGACCUGAAGGCUUUUUUUAAUUGUUCAGUAGUAAAACGGGGUCUCUGUAAUGGAAGACACCAGGCACCUAAAAUAAGAGAAUUAAAUGAAAAUUGUACUAAAUUCUGAGACAUACCCCAGCCUCCAUACCCCUCCUCUCCCACUUGAUUUUCAACAAACGUCCUAUGGGCUCAAGAUCUUCCAAUCAACGUUUAAAUAUCCCCCCACUUACAUAUGAGCAGAUAAGGACCACUAGACAUCCUAGGAAAGCCUCUUAUUAUGAAAGAGCACAAAACCAACAGGAGAAAGAAAAAGGAAACUUGAGGGAAACAUACUGCAAGGGAAGAAAAACUUAAAAAGAUUAUUAAUAUCAAAGAGUUGGAAGAUGAUACUGGAAUAAUAAAACAUCAUUUUGGCAGCAAUUUAGAGUCAAUCAAAGGCAAACAAAACUGAAAACGUUUUAGGAAAAAGCUGACCAAGAACACCUGAACUAAAGUAGCAGUAAUGGCGAUGAACAUCUAAAAAACGCAGGCUCUAGGCCCCUCCUAGAAAACUAGGGGAUGAACCUCUGGGGAUGGAGUCCAGGAAUUUGGAAAUCUUCUAAAAUAUCACCCCUUGCAAUUCUGAUGUAGCCAGCCGGGUGCUGGUCUUAAGACUGAGAACUAGAGGACACAGGGUCUAAUCGGAUGUAAGAGGGUAAGUGGGAAGGUUAACUGGCUGGCUGGGUGGAUGAUGGUGUCAUCCCAACAUAGAAAUAUAGACAAGAUACACUUUUGCCCACUUCCAACCUAAAUACAUAAAUAAGGCUGUGUCAGUUUGAGUAGCCCAUGGGACAUCUUGGAAAAGUAUAGCUAGCGUGUGGAGAUAUUUUUUGCUUAGAUUCGUACCACAGUUUCCUUGUCACCAACAACUACGGCUGCGAGAGCGUCCUUUUUUUUUCACGUACUGUUUUGAUGCAGAGCUGAAUUCGCAAUCCCUCCCACGGCUAAAACCCCCCAAACAAAAAAAUCCCGAUUACUCUGCCACCAGACAGUAGCUUUAAAACACCACUGUUACUACCCUUGACGCUUACUGUGAUAAUUGACAUAUCUCCAACUGUAACAAUUACCUUGGAAACAGAAACUUGUAUUCAGGCAUAUAGUUUACAAAACUCCACCACGGACCUGCUUUAAUUUCUUUACAGGUCCUAAUAAAUGCUCCUGUCAAAUUCCUUAUCGUUUCAAUCUGCUUCCCAAUUAAAAGGUAAGCAUCAUGAUGACAGGAACGUCGUUUGCAGGCGUCACUGCUGCAGCCAUAUCUCCAGCACGUUUGCAGAAAAUGUCAUUGGUUGAAGGCCAAUAACUCUCCUAUUUCACAAUGAUUUCAUUUCUCUUCACAUCAACCCUAGGUGAUGUUUUUAUUCUCACCUUAUGAACGAGAAUACUGCAGCUCAAAAUUCAAGUCUUGCCCAGAGUUUCUUGGCAAGUACGAAAGGGUUAUGGCUACAAACUGGUCAGCUCCAAAGUCCUUGCAAACCCUGUCCGAGACCAUGCGCGACCCCAAGGAGCGCCUGAGCAGAUAACCAAAAGUGAAAAAGCCUACAGAACUCUUCUCUCAAGUUGGCGCUUCGGCUUCAGGAGAGGCCGGGUCAGCUCGACACAGCCUCCCUGGGGUCGCUCGCACUGACGUCACAUGGCGACGCGGAAGAUUUGCGUGUGGGGCCUCGCUCUGGGAUAGCUUUACGGCUUCUGGGAGCUGCAGCUUCGCGGUGAGAAGUAUCCGCGAGGAGCCGUCCGGGAAAGGUCCGAAUGCGAACAAACCUAAUCCGCGAGACUUGCUGAUCUCAAACAUUUGGGCAUUAUUAAGUAUUCUCUACUGCAGAGAAUGUUAUUUGUGAUUCAUGAAUGAAAAUGAAAACCUGAAACAACAAGAAUGGAUUUUACCUUAAAUCUCUGUAGCAACUUUUGGGAAAAUGGAAGGAAACAUCUUAAUUAUCGUAUAGAUGUGGUUCUCUGCUACAAAUUGAUGUUUAGAUAAACUUCAGUGAAAUGACUCUUCAGGAAUUGGUGCGUAAGGCUGCCUCCUGUUAUAUGGACAAAGUAGCUGUAUGUUUUGAUGAAUGCAACAACCAGCUUCCAGUUUACUACACCUACAAGACUGUGGUUAAUGCUGCUUCUGAAUUAUCAAAUUUUCUGCUGUUACACUGUGACUUUCAAGGAAUUCGGGAAAUUGGUCUCUACUGCCAACCUGGAAUAGACUUACCCUCUUGGAUUUUAGGAAUUCUCCAAGUCCCAGCUGCUUAUGUACCUAUCGAUACAGAUUCACCACCAUCAUUAUCAACUCAUUUUAUGAAAAAAUGUAAUCUAAAGUAUAUCCUUGUUGAAAAAAAACAAAUUAAUAAAUUUAAAUCUUUUCAUGAAACGUUAUUGAGCCACGAUACAUUUACAGUAGAACAUAAUGACCUAGUGCUCUUCAGACUUCACUGGAAAAAUACUGAGGUGAACUUGAUGCUAAGUGAUGGAAAAGAGAAAUAUGAAAAAGAAAAAAUAAAAAUCAGCGUAAGUUCUGAGCAUGUCAAUGAAGAAAAAGCAGAACACGUGGAUCUGAGGCUAAAGCAUUGCUUAGCGUAUGUACUACAUACAUCAGGGACUACAGGGAUACCGAAGAUUGUCAGAGUGCCUCAUGAGUGUAUAGUACCAAAUAUCCAGCAUUUUCAGGUACUUUUUGACAUCACACAAGAAGAUGUUUUGUUUCUGGCUUCACCUCUGACCUUUGAUCCUUCUGUUGUGGAAAUAUUUCUUGCUCUAUCAAGUGGUGCCUCUCUGCUUAUUAUACCAACUUCCAUCAAGUUGCUCCCAUCAAAAUUAGCCAGUGUUCUCUUUUCCCAUCAUAGAGUGACUGUUUUGCAGGCAACACCAACAUUGCUUAGAAGAUUUGGAUCUAAGCUUAUCAAGUCAAAUGUUUUGUCAGCCACUACUUCUCUUCGAGUAUUAGCCCUUGGUGGUGAAGCGUUUCCAUCAUUGACAGUUCUCAGAAGCUGGAGAGGAGAAGGCAAUAAAACACAAAUAUUUAAUGUUUAUGGUAUCACAGAGGUAUCAAGUUGGGCAACCAUUUAUAGGAUUCCAGAGAAGAUUCUUAACUCUACUUUAAAAUGUGAAUUGCCUGUACAACUGGGAUUUCCACUUCUUGGAACAGUAGUUGAAGUCAGAGAUACUAAUGGCUUCACAAUUCAGGAAGGCAGUGGCCAAGUAUUUUUAGGUGGCAGAAACAGAGUGUGUUUUCUUGAUGAUGAAGUGACAGUACCACUUGGCACAAUGCGAGCUACAGGAGACUUUGUGACUGUGAAAGAUGGAGAGAUUUUUUUUUUGGGACGAAAAGACAGUCAGAUCAAACGUCAUGGCAAACGUCUUAACAUUGAACUUGUGCAACAGGUUGCUGAAGAGCUUCAGCAAGUGGAGUCUUGUGCAGUUACAUGGUAUAAUCAGGAAAAAUUAAUUCUCUUCAUGGUGUCUAAAGAUGCUUCAGUAAAAGAAUACAUCUUUAAAGAACUGCACAAAUAUCUUCCAAGUCAUGCAAUCCCGGAUGAGCUUGUAUUGAUUGAUUCUCUACCAUUUACAUCCCACGGCAAAAUUGAUGUUUCUGAGUUAAACAAGAUAUAUUUAAACUACAUAAACUUGAAGUCUGAGAAUAAACUCAGUGGGAAAGAGGACCUUUGGGAAAAAUUACAGUAUUUGUGGAAGUCUACUCUGAAUCUCUCAGAAGAUCUUUUGAAGGUUCCUGAUGAGUCACUGUUCUUAAAUAGUGGUGGAGAUUCCUUAAAGUCCAUCCGGCUCCUCAGUGAAAUUGAAAAACUUGUUGGUACAUCAGUGCCUGGGCUUCUGGAAAUUAUUCUCAGCAGUUCCAUUUUAGAGAUUUACAACCACAUUCUUCAAACAGUGUUUCCAGAUGAAGAUGUGACAUUCAGGAAGAGUUGUGCCACAAAAAGGAAACUCAGCGACAUUAAUCAAGAGGAACAUAGUGGAACAUCUUUACAUCAGAAAGCUAUCAUGACUUUAAGUUGCCACAAUGAGAUUAAUGCUUUUGUUGCACUGAGCAGAGGGAGUCAAAUUUUGUCUCUGUAUACCACUAGGUUUUCAACAAAGUUAGGACAUUGCUCUUCAGCCUAUCCUUCUGAUUCAGUUUCACAGACCAACAUUCAAAAUGUGAAAGACUUAAAUUCUCCAGUUCUUAUUGGAAAGUCAAAAGAUCCAUCCUGUGUUGUGAAAGUUUCUGAAGAGGGGAAACCUGCGAUAGGGACUCAGAAAAUGGAGUUACAUGUGAGGUGGAGGUCAGACACAGGCAAGUGCGUAGAUGCUUCACCGCUGGUUGUAAUACCCGCUUUCGAUAAGUCAUCUACAACUGUGUACAUUGGUUCCCAUUCUCAUAGAAUGAAGGCAGUUGACUUUUACUCUGGGAAGGUGAAAUGGGAACAACUUUUGGGAGAUCGAAUUGAAUCCUCAGCAUGUGUAUCUAAGUGUGGAAACUUUAUUGUGGUGGGCUGUUAUAAUGGAUUAGUUUAUGUUCUGAAAAGUAAUAGUGGAGAAAAAUACUGGAUGUUUACUACUGGAGAUGCUGUCAAAAGCUCAGCAACCAUGGAUCCAACCACAGGACUCAUUUACAUUGGAUCUCAUGACCAGCAUGCAUAUGCUUUAGAUAUUUAUAGAAAGAAGUGUGUUUGGAAGUCAAAAUGUGGAGGAACUGUCUUUUCCUCUCCGUGUUUGAACCCGAUUCCACAUCAUUUGUAUUUUGCUACAUUGGGAGGACUUUUACUGGCUGUAAAUCCUGCUACUGGGAACAUUAUUUGGAAACAUUCCUGUGGAAAACCACUCUUCUCUUCCCCACGAUGUUGCUCACAGUAUGUUUGUAUUGGCUGUGUAGAUGGGAAUUUGCUCUGCUUUACUCACUUUGGAGAACAGGUUUGGCAGUUCUGUACCAGUGGACCAAUCUUUUCAUCCCCGUGUACCUCAUCAUCAGAGCAAAAAAUAUUUUUUGGUUCCCAUGAUUGCUUUGUCUACUGUUGUAACAUGAAAGGUCACCUGCAGUGGAAAUUUGAAACUACUUCAAGGGUCUAUGCAACACCGUUUGCUUUCCAUAACUGCAACGGCAGCAAUGAAAUGUUGCUGGCAGCAGCAUCUACUGAUGGGAAACUGUGGAUCUUGGAAUCUCAGAGUGGACAAUUGCAAAGUGUUUAUGAACUUCCUGGAGAAGUCUUCUCUUCUCCUGUGGUCCUGGAAUCAAUGCUCAUUAUUGGGUGUAGAGAUAAUUAUGUUUAUUGUCUUGAUUUAUUAGGUGGCAAUAAAAAAUAAUCAAAUACAGUCCUUAUUUACAUAACAAAUGUGAGAUGUUUGAAAAUAUUUUACCAUUAUAGAGCAUUUGGAUAGUCUUAUUUAAAGAUUAUAUUUUGGCUAAGAAACGGA